AUGGAGAAAGACAUCAUUGAACCGAAGGCGGAGGCGACAUCGUCGUCCGAUUCGCCUCCCAUCUACGGUGAAACCGAAACAACCAAGGGAAGUCUUGGUCGGCGGAUAUGGGACAGCUUCAAGAGAGAUCCUAACGCCCAUGUUGUCCCCACUACUGGUUCGGAUGGCAAGACCUUCGAUAUCGAACAGGCGGCGAAGAACACUGCCGCCUCGCCUCUGCAGCGCAGGCUGAAGAAUCGACAUCUGCAGAUGAUUGCCAUUGGUGGCUCUAUUGGUACUGGUCUCUUCGUGGGUUCUGGUAAGGUUCUGGCCGCUGGUGGUCCAGCCUCCGUUCUGAUCGCAUACGCUUUGAUUGGUUGCAUGCUUUACUGCACGGUGCAUGCGCUUGGUGAGAUGGCUGUGCUAUUCCCUGUCGCCGGUUCCUUCGCACACUAUUCGACUCGAUUUGUUGAUCCUGCCUGGGGUUUUGCUAUGGGCUGGAACUAUGCUCUACAAUGGCUGAUCGUCCUUCCUCUGGAGAUUGUCGCCGCGUCUAUCACGGUUGAUUAUUGGGAUUCAAAUAUCUCCAAUGCUGUCUGGGUCGCCAUCUUCUGGGUCGUCAUUGUGGCGAUCAACCUCUUCGGCGUCCGGGGUUAUGGUGAAGCUGAAUUCGUCUUUUCAAUCAUCAAGGUCGUUGCCGUGAUUGGUUUUAUCAUUCUCGGCAUUGUCUUGAACUGCGGUGGUGGUCCGAAGGGUGGAUACAUCGGCGGCAAGUACUGGCAUGAUCCCGGUGCUUUCAACAAUGGAUUCAAGGGUCUUUGCAGUGUCUUCGUCAAUGCUGCCUUCGCGUUCGCCGGUACCGAGCUGGUCGGCCUUGCCGCUGCUGAAACUGCCAACCCCCGCAAGUCUCUUCCCACCGCUGUCAAGCAGGUGUUCUGGCGUAUCUGCUUGUUUUACAUUGUUGCCCUCGCUCUGGUUGGCCUGCUCGUGCCAUACGACGAGCCAAGACUUCUUAACGGCUCGUCUAGCUCGGACGCCAAGGCCUCGCCUUUCGUGAUUUCAAUCAAGAACGCUGGAAUCUCCGGUCUCGACUCUGUCAUGAACGUUGUGAUCAUGAUUGCUGUCUUGUCGGUCGGCAACGCUUCCGUCUAUGGUUCCUCUCGUACUCUGGCGGCGAUGGCUGACCAGAGACAAGCCCCUCAAUUCCUUUCUUACAUUGACCGCCAGGGACGUCCUCUUUGGGCCAUCCUAAUCGCGUCAGCCUUCGGUUUGCUGGGAUUCCUGGCCGCAUCCGACAAGCAGGGUGAUGCGUUCACCUGGAUGAUGGCCAUCUCCGGUCUGUCGUCCGUUCUGACCUGGGGCUCAGUUUGCUUAGCCCACAUCCGCUUCCGCAAAGCCUGGAAGGUCCAGGGCCACAGCUUGAAUGAACUCGCCUUUGUUUCUCAGGCCGGUCUUAUCGGUUCUUGGAUUGGCUUCCUCUUUAACUGCCUUGUGUUGGUCGCCCAGUUCUGGAUCGGCUUUGCGCCUAUCGGAUAUGGCGAAAUGAGCUCCGGAGAUCUGGUGGAGAGUUGGUUCUCCGUCUACCUAGCUGCCCCUGUCGUGCUUCUUUUCUACAUCCCAUACAAGAUCUACUACAGAACCCCCUUCCUGCGGGCUAAGGACAUGGACUUGCACACUGGUCGUCGGGAGCUGGACAUCCAACAUCUGAUUGAGGAGGAGCGCGCCGAGCAGGCAGCGUGGCCUCUCUGGAAGAAGGUCUACAAGGUCUUCUGUUAG